UCCUUCCUCCGCGGCCCGGCGUCCUCUGCUGUGGAGUCCCUGGUGACCCUGCGCAGUCUUCCCCGCCCCCCAGCCCCGUGAGGGACUUCAGGAGGUCGCUGUGUCACUCUGGAGUCCAAAAAUGGUCGUCCCGGGCGCUCCUGCAGCCCGCGCACAGUGUGCGGUGUAGCGGGACCUGAGGGCGCGGACACCGAAGUCUGGAAGAGCGCUCGAGUGGUGCCGGGGUCCUGGGCGCAUUCCCCGAAACCUGAGCCCCGAAGGCAGGAAAGGCCUCUCCCUUCCAUCAUAAGCUCAGAAUCCAUCUCCAGGACUGCUCCUCUGCUGUGUGAGGCCCCAGUGGCUCUGGCUGAGACUGUCUCCCUGUGAGCUGCAGGUGCUGUGAGAUCCCCAGGAAGGAUGUCUGGACUCCCCAGAAGGCAGGAAAUGAUCCCAGUGACCUUUGAGGAUGUGGCUGUGAACUUCACCCAGGAGGAGUGGGCUUUGCUGGAUCCUUCCCAGAAGAAUCUCCACAGAGACGUGAUGCAGGAAGUCCUAAGAAACUUGGCUUCUGUAGGAGACAAAUGGGAGGACCAGAACAUUGAAGAUCAGAACACACAUUCCAGGAUGGAUGUAAGGCCCAUCAUAUCUCACUCUGCAAACAAACCAUAUGAGAAUGUGGAGAGUGGAGGGAAGCCACAUGAACUAAAGCAGAAGAGAACAUGUUUAAUUUCUAUCACAAAUGUUCAAGAACCACUGACAAUGCACACUGUAAACGAACCUCAUGGAUGUCUGACAUAUGGAAAAGAGUUCAGUUGUUCCAGAUGUUCUCAAAAAUAUCGACGAUCUCAUAAUGCAGAAAAGACCUAUGGAUGUAAGGAAUGUGGGAAAACCUUCAGUAGUUCAAAAUACCUUCAAAUACACAUACAAACUCAUACUGGAGAGAUGACUUACAUAUGUAAACAAUGUGGGAAAGCCUUCAGUCGUUCCUCUUCUCUUCACAUACAUAAACAAACGCACGCUGGAGAGAGGCCCUACCAGUGUGAACAGUGUGGGAAAGCCUUCACUACUUCUUCUUACCUUCGCCUACAUGAACAAUCUCAUACUGGAGCGAAGCCUUACAGAUGCAAACAAUGUGGGAAAGCCUUUGCUACUUCCAGUCAGCUUCAUUCACAUGAAUGGACUCAUACUGGAGAGAAACCCUAUGAAUGUAAGCAGUGUGGGAAAGCCUUUGGUAAGUUAAAUUACCUUCAAAAACAUGUACGCACUCAUACUCGGGAGAAACACUAUGGAUGUAAACAGUGUGGGAAAGCCUUCACUUGUUCCAGUUACCUUCGAAAACAUGAACUAAUUCAUACUGGAAAGAAGCCUUAUGGAUGUGAACAAUGUGGGAAAGCCUUCACCAGUUCCUCUUACCUUCAAGUACACAAACGAAGUCAUACUGGGGAAAAACAUUAUGGAUGUAAACAAUGUGGAAAGGCCUUCACUUGUUAUAAUACCCUUCAAAAGCAUGAAAGAACUCAUAGUGGAGAGAAGCCCUUUCAAUGUGAGUACUGUGGGAAAGCCUUCACCACUUCUACUUACCUCCAUAUACAUGAGCGAGUGCAUACUGGGGAAAAGCCUUAUAGAUGUGAACUAUGCGGAAUAGCCUUUGCUACGUCCAGUCAGCUUCACUCACAUCAACAAUUUCAUACAGGAAAGAAGCCCUAUGAAUGUAAACAAUGUGGGAAAACCUGCAGUACAUCCUAUUACCUUCAAGUACAUAAAAGAACUCAUACUGGAGAGAAGCCCUAUGAAUGUAAGCAAUGUGGGAAAGCCUUCAUUAGGUCCACUCUCCUUCAUACACAUGAACAAACUCAUACUGCAGAGAAGCCCUAUCAGUGUGAACAAUGUGGGAAAGCCUUUAAGUGUUUUGCUUACCUUCAGAGACAUAAACGAAUUCAUACUGGAGAGAGGCCCUAUGAAUGUAAGCAAUGUGGAAAAACCUUUGUUAGUUCACAUCACCUUCAUAUACAUGAACGAUGUCAUACUGGAGAGAAGCCCUACAAAUGUAGGCAGUGUGGGAAAGCCUUUACUAGUUCCAGUAAUCUUCACAUACAUAAACGAACACACACUGGAGAGAAGCCCUAUCAAUGUAAACAGUGUGGGAAAGCCUUCACUACGUGCGCUUACCUUCACAUACAUGAACGAUUACAUACUGGAGAGAAGCCUUAUAGAUGUAAACAGUGUGGCAUAGCCUUUUCAACAGCCAGAUUGCUUCGUUCACAUGAACAAAGUCACACAGGAAAGAAUCCCUGUGAAUGUACACAAUGUGGAAAAUCCUUCAGUAGUUCCUAUUAUGUUCAAAUUCAUAAACGAAUUCAUACUGGAGAGAAGCCCUAUGAAUGUAAACAGUGUGGUAAAACCUUCACUCAUUCCUUUUCCUUUCGAAUUCAUAAACGAACCCAUACUGGGGAGAAGCCCUAUGAAUGUAAACAAUGUGGGAAAGCCUUCUUCAGAUCCACUCAUCUUCACACACAUGAACAAACACAUAGUGGUGAGAGGCCCUAUCUGUGUGAGCAAUGUGGGAAAGCCUUCGUUUUUUCUACCAACCUUCAGAGACAUAAACGGACUCAUACUGGAGAGAGGCCCUAUGAAUGUAAGCGGUGUGGGAAAGCCUUCAGCAUGUCGGAUGAACUGCAGAGACAUGAAAGGAGUCACACUGGAGUGAAGCCCUAUGAAUGUAAGCAGUGCAGGAAAGCCUUCACUACCUCCUCUGGCCUUCGCAGACAUGAAAGGGCUCAUCAUGGAGAGAGGUCCUAUGAAUAUAAACAGUGUGAGAAAGCUUUCACUUGUUACAGUUACAUUCUGAAACAUCAGAAAACUCACACUGGAGAGAAGCUCUUUUAAUGUAAGCAAUGUGGAAACGCCUUCACUAGGUCUGCUCGCCAUCAGGGAUAUGGAAGAAGUCAUGUUGAAGGAAGCCCUGUGAAUGUAAGCAAUGUGGGAAGGCCUUCACUUGUUACAUAUUAUAACAUCAAGCAACUUGUACUCAAAAGAAUCCCUAUUAAUGAAAAAAUUGUGACAUGCCUUCUGUUUGUGGGGUUUUAAACCUGAAAGUAGUUGCAUUGUUGAAAAACCCAUUGAAUGCCAAAAACUUGACAAAUCAUGUAGUAUUCUUAGUCACCUUUACUGACAUGAAUGGACUCAUAGAAAACUUGUUGUUUACCUCUCUCUCUCAUUGAGUGUUCUCUGUUGCCUUCAGUGCAUUUUGCUCACUCACCUGGGGAAGCAAGCCCCCAGAAUUGUGAUGUUUCAUUUUUCUUCCUGUGUUUGCAAGUACCCAUAAUGGAGAAAUCGCCUGUGAAUGUGAGAGAUGUGGGAAAGCAUCCAUUUUUUUUUCCAGUUCCUUUGAAAGACAAAGAUUCACACAUGUAAAAACCUGUGCAAGUAAUAAAGCUUGUAAAGGCGUCUUUUGUUCCAGUUAUCACCCUGUUACUCAGCUUUCCAUUGCUGUGUUGAACAUGAGAAAUUCAACCUAUGGAGGGAAGAUUCCCUUUGGCUCAUGUGAUCACAGAUUUCUGCAGAUAACUGGGAGUCUGUUGGUUUGGUUUGAGGUGACUUAAAACCGCAUGGUGGGAGAUCAGAGCUAGCUGUGUCAUGUCAGCAGGGAAGAGGACAAAGAGGGGGAGGCAUGGGUCAGCAUCCAGAUGCCUGAUGGCUGUUUCUGUUUACGCUCACUGUUUCCAUGUUGACCAAGUACAAUUGUUAACAGUGAAUCAGGUGGACAUAAAUGUAAUAAAUGCUUAUGACUUGUGUGA